ACAUGGCGGCAAUAUUAGGCUUGCAGGAGUAUGGCAGUGAUACAAAUUCGUCUGAUGGUGAAAGUAAAAACGACCGAGAAGUUUUUAACAUGCAUUUGAAACCCUUAAUUAAUAAAGAAAAGUCUGAUCUCAUCGUGUCCCUAAAUGCUGCUCCAGCUGUUGCACCUAAGUAUGACGGAAACAGCAGGCUACUGGAUAUUGAUGUAAAGGAAGUCAAGCACAACCUCAAAUAUGAAGACAUGUAUGCACCCCAGGUUGGCCCUACUCACCCAUUUAAGACACGACAGUUUCAAUCCAAUCGGAACAUGCUGUCAGGUUACACAGAACCUGCUCAUGUCAGCGACUUUCAGUUUGAAAAUCAGCGCAGAACAUUCACAAGUUACGGUUAUGCCCUUGACCCCAGUAACGACCAGGCCGAAGUUGACAAGGUUGUCGGGGACAACACAGCUGCAGAGGAUAACAAAGGUAUUACAGUGUUUGAAGUAAAACCAAGUGCUGGUGCAAAACGAAAGAAAGAAAAGAAUAGAGACCCGGCAGAUAUUGAUGGCUACCUUGGACCCUGGGCAAAGUAUGCUGAUGAGCAAACUGUUAUGAAGCCCAGUGAGGAGGAGCAGAAGGAGCUGGAUGAGAUCCUGGCCAAGAGAAGCAAGCACAGCAAGCAGGUCGAGGAAAAACCCAUGGAGGAGAAGACAACUCUACACAUUAAAGAUGCAUAUGACUACCAAGGCCGGUCAUUCCUCCAUGCACCACAAGAUGUUGGGGUCAACUUGCGGUCAGAGGAGCCACCAGAGAAAUGUUUCUUGCCAAAGAAGUUGAUUCACACCUGGUCAGGCCACAGUAAGGGUGUGGCAGCCAUCAGGUGGUACCCCCAUACUGCUCACCUCAUGUUGUCUGCUGGUAUGGACACAAAAAUCAAAAUUUGGGAGGUAUACAAUGAGCGGGUGUGUGUACGAACAUACGCAGGCCAUAAGCAGGCCGUGAGAGACAUCACCUUCAACAACGAAGGCAAUGAGUUCCUUAGCUGUGGCUAUGACAGAUACUGCAAGUUGUGGGACACAGAGACAGGUCAGUGCAAGUCCCACUUCACCAGCCGGAAGGUGCCUUACUGCAUCAAGUUUAACCCAGACAAGGACAAGCAACAUCUGUUUGUGGCUGGAACUUCAGAUAAAAAGAUUGUGUGUUGGGACAUCAGAUCGGGCGAGGUGGUGCAGGAGUACGAUCGCCAUCUUGGAGCUGUGAACAGCAUCACAUUUGUUGACCAGAACCGUAGAUUUGUAACAACUUCUGAUGACAAAAGUUUAAGAGUUUGGGAGUGGGACAUUCCAGUAGAUUUCAAGUACAUUGCAGACCCAUCCAUGCACUCGAUGCCAUCUGUAACUCUCUCUCCUAACGGGAAGUGGUUGGCUUGUCAGUCUAUGGAUAACAAGAUUUGUGUGUUCAAUGUCCUCAACCGCUUUAAAUUCAUGAGGAAGAAGACAUUUACUGGUCACAUGGUGGCUGGGUAUGCUUGUUCCAUUGACUUCUCUCCCGAAAUGAGCUAUAUAAUCUCUGGAGACGCGGAUGGCAAGCUUUACAUCUGGGACUGGAAGAGCACAAAGCUGUACAACAAGUGGAAGGCUCAUGACGAUGUGUGUAUCGGAGUGUUGUGGCAUCCCCAUGAGACGUCCAAGGUGGCCACCUGUGGCUGGGAUGGGGUCAUCAAGUACUGGGACUGAGGUGGACACUGGGACAAAACACACACAUUUGCUUUUACAUUUACCACAUAAUUGAGGCUAUUCCAGACUGAUGCAGUCUAUGGAUAACACAUCAAAAUCACAGGAUUACCUGUGUCAAAAGUGGACAACUCCAUUCCUCUGUGGUUAUCCAUACAUUUAGUGAACAGCAUCAGCAGUGUUAGACAGGUAAUUGCUGUGACAUGAGACCAUCAAUAGGACAUUUCCCCUCUCCAUGCAACCUGCCUCCAGUAAACACUCAGUCAAUCUUCUAGAUGCUGAUUUCCCCUGCAACCUGCCCCCAGUAAACAGUCGGCCUCACCCAUCAAAUAAGUACUACUAUAAGUUGGAGAUACCCCCUCGCCUUGCAUCUCAACCCAAGUAAACAGUCGGCCUCACCCAUCACAUAAGUACUACUAUAAGUUGGAGAUACCCCCUCACCUUGCAUCUCAACCCCAGUAAACAGUGCCUUGCAUCUCAACCCCAGUAAACAGUCGGCCUCACCCAUCACAUAAGUACUACUAUAAGUUGGAGAUACCCCCCUCACCUUGCAUCUCAACCCCAGUAAACAGUCGGCCUCACCCAUCACAUAAGUACUACUAUAAGUUGGAGAUACCCCCCUCACCUUGCAUCUCAACCCCAGUAAACAGUCGGCCUCACCCAUCACAUAAGUACUACUAUAAGUUGGAGAUACCCCUUCGCCUUGCAUCUCAACCCCAGUAAACAGUCGGCCUCACCCAUCACAUACACACAGCUAGGAUUGUAAGUUACUACAUCCUUCAUGAAGACCACGCUGGCAUCAGACUUAAUGAGAGAUGUAUUCCCCUAGUUGUACAUGUAGUUGUGAAGAAUUAUGAUGCAGAAAUUCUGCAGAUACACAUUGGUUUCAAGUGUAAAUACAGUGGGUGUGACUGUACGUAAUAGGAUGGCGAUGCAAGUAUUGUGAUACACUUUCAUGAACCACCUGUAGAUUUUGUAAAUAAAUUAUUCUUAUACAA